AUGACUGUAAGGGAGACCUUGGCCUUCUCUGCAAGGUGCCAAGGGGUUGGAUUACACUACGAUAUGCUUACAGAGUUGUCUAGAAGAGAAAAGGAAGCAAACAUCAAGCCUGAUCCAGACAUCGAUAUCUACAUGAAGGUGAAACAGAAGCUAUUAUCAGCAGAGGCCACUGAAGGCCAGGAGGUUUUAGGAUUGGAAGCGUGUGCAGAUACUAUGGUUGGGGAUGAUAAGCUGAGGGGUAUCUCUGGUGGACAAAAGAAGCGUGUCACGACAGGGGAGAUGCUGGUUGGACCAGCAAAGGUGUUGUUCAUGGAUGAAAUAUCAACUGGAUUGGACAGUUCUACAACUUUUCAAAUUGUGAAUACACUGAAGCAAUACAUUCACAUACUUGAUGGAACAGCUGUCAUCUCACUGCUCCAGCCAGCACCAAAAACAUAUGAUCUUUUUUAUGACAUUAUUCUCCUCUCUAAUGGACAAAUUGUGUACCAGGGACCUAGUGACCUAGUUCUUGAGUUUUUUGAAUCCAUGGGCUUUAAAUGUCUGGAGAGGAAAGGUGUGGCUGAUUUCCUGCAAGAGGUGAUAUCAAGGAAAGAUCAAGAGCAGUAUUGGGCACUCAAAGAUGAGCCCUAUAGUUUUGUCACAGCUCAGGACUUCACCAAGGCAUUCCAAUUGUUCCAUGUGGGAAGGAGACUAGGAGAUGAAAAUGCAGCACCAUAUAACAAAAGAAAAAGCCAUAAAGCUGCUCUAACAACCAAGAAGUAUGGUGUUAGCAAAAAGGAGCUGUUAAAAGCUUGCUUCUCAAGAGAAUACUUGCUAAUGAAGAGGAAUUCGUUCGUCUACCUUUUCAAACUGAUGCAAGUGGGUUUACACAUUUUUUAA